AUGUUAAAUUUUGACAUUGCUCGUUUAUAUCACACAGAGGUCACUCCAUUAGCCUCUUCUCCUCUCAAAUCACCGCCAUCGGCAACAAAUGCAACUACACCAAAUUCAAAGGGAAAGAAGUUACUCACACUUGCUAUUAGUAUAGGCAUUCCUUCAGUUAUUGCUGUACUUUCAGCCAUCUCAUUUUGGUUUUUCUGUUUCCAUAGAAAGAAACGGCAGGCGAAGAAGUCUGAAGAUGUCGAUGAUGAGAUUCGAAGUGCAGAAUCCUUGCAAUUCGACUUCAUUACCCUAAGGGAUGCAACAGACAAUUUCUCCGAAGCUAAUAAGCUUGGAGAAGGUGGAUUUGGCACGGUUUAUAAGGGUAAACUUGUAGACAGGCAAGAAAUAGCCGUGAAGCGGCUAUCAGAAAGUUCAUGUCGAGUUGAACAAGAGUUCAGAAAUGAAGUCAUCUUAGUAGCUAAACUUCAACACAGAAAUCUUGUAAGGCUUCUUGGUUUCUGUCUAGCUGGUGAAGAAAAAUUACUUAUCUACGAAUAUAUGCCAAAUGCAAGCCUUGAUCAAUUCAUAUUCGAUCCAAUUAAACGCACAUAUCUGGAUUGGGAAAGACGAUACAAGAUAAUAGAAGGAAUAGCAAAAGGACUCCUCUAUCUUCACGAGGAGUCGCGCCUUAAAAUUAUCCAUCGAGAUCUCAAAGCUAGCAAUAUAUUAUUAGACACGGACAUGAAUCCUAAAAUUGCAGAUUUUGGCACCGCUAGGCUUUUUGUGGUUGACCAAACUCAUGCCAGUACAAACAGAAUAGUUGGAACGCAUGGCUACAUGGCUCCAGAGUAUAUAUUACAUGGGCAAUUCUCCGCGAAAUCAGACGUUUAUAGUUUUGGUGUCUUAAUUUUAGAGAUCCUUAGUGGACAGAAGAAUAGCCGUUUUCAGAAUUCAGAAAUGGCUCGGGACCUUCUCAGCCAUGCAUGGAGACAUUGGAAGAAAAACUCCGCUUUAGUAUUGUUACAUCCAGUCGUUAAGGACACGUGUUCGGGAAAUGACGCGAUGAGGUGCAUCCUUAUUGGGCUAUUAUGCGUUCAAGAAAAUGUUGCAGACAGACCUACAAUACGGAAGGUUUUCCUAAUGCUUAACAGCGACUCUGUCACUCACGGUGUACCUUCACCCCCUCCAUUUUUCACUGGUCACACUGAAGAGCAAAGAACUACGAAAGACAUGUCAACUACUGAAUAUGCAGCGUUGAGUGUGAAUGAAAAUUCAAUUAGUGAACUGGAGCCUCGUUGA